AUGUCCGGGGCUAGCGCGAGGGGGCGGCUGUCGCCGGCGUCCGGCGGCGGCGGGGACUCCGAACCGCGGUCCGCGAGGGGCCGGACGCGCUCGGUGUCCGCUACUCGCGGCCGGAAGCCCUCACCGAGGCCCGGGAGGGAUGCAGCCGCGGCGGCAGGGGCAACGGAGGACAAGAAACCUGCCGCCGUGCCCACAUUGCUGCCCUCGCUCAGCGUGCCCGCAGGGAUGCGUCGGCAGGAGCUGCUGCUGCGCUCGGGGCUGUCUCUUGACGCGUCCUGCUCCUCGGACGCGUCCACGGACUCCUUCUGCAGCCGGGCAUCCACGGGCCGGAUUGGGAGGCCGGCAUUUGGGGCUAGGAAGAAGAAGACCCUCUCUCAGACUGAUUACAAGCCUGUUUCCAUGCUGGAAAGGGAGGGUGGAUUGGCUUCCCAGACUGAUGCUGCUGGUGUGAAGAGGAGGUGCGCGUGGGUGACAGCAAAUACUGAUCCCUGUUAUGCUGCAUUUCACGAUGAAGAGUGGGGAGUUCCUGUUCACGAUGACAAGAAGUUAUUUGAGCUGCUAGUGCUGUCAGGGGCAUUAGCUGAACUGACAUGGCCAGCAAUUCUGAAUAAGAGAGACAUAUUCAGGGAAGUUUUCAUGGAUUUUGACCCAGUAUUGGUCUCAAAAUUAAGUGAGAAGAAGAUUAUUGCACCUGGAAGUCCUAGCAGCUCCUUGUUAUCUGAACAGAAACUGCGUGGUGUUAUUGAAAAUGCACGCCAAAUACUCAAGAUCAUAGAGGAAUUUGGAUCAUUUGAUAAAUACUGUUGGAGCUUCGUGAACCACAAACCUAUAUUGAGCCGAUUCAGGUACUCUCGUCAUGUGCCUGUCAAAACAUCAAAAGCAGAUGCCAUAAGCAAAGACUUGGUUCGAAGGGGUUUCCGCAGUGUCGGCCCAACAGUCGUUUAUACCUUCAUGCAAGUCUCUGGCAUGACUAACGACCACCUUAUCUCCUGCUACCGUUUUGCUGAAUGUGUGGCCUCCUCAGCUGGUGCUGUUAAACUUACCGAUGGAAGCCUAGCAAAUUCAAGUGAUAGCAACCAUGCCACGGCAGAGCAGAAGAUGAACGGGACGAAUGGGCUGGAUUCAGAUAUUGAACUCUCCAGGACUAUAGAUGAGCUCAGCAUUUCAUAG